GUACUGGGGUAUCAUGGACCAAGUACGUCUCGGCAACCUCCGCCCGACAAUGAGCGUGAACUGUCCGCUUUGGCUGCGUCACCUCGCAGAGCCAUGUCUGUCGUUUGACCCGACGCAGCGUCCGUCGGCGCAGAUGCUUGUGACCUCCCUCCAAAAGCUGCUCGGUCGCAGCGAAGAAGCGUUGGCGCCGGAACCAGAGACCGAGCCCUCGACUCGCAAGACGCGCUCCACCGCCGUAGCCUACAUAUCAACACCUGAGAACCUCCAAGGCUCCGACAAGCUACGCAGUCGCACGAGCUCAACCCUCAGCAGCGACUCGACGACGUCGUCCGUCACCCCUGGAACAUCCACUGGCUCGACGACGUACUCGUCGUGGUCCAACUCGAUGCUUGUGAGUACGCGCGUCGUGUGUCAGCUCUGCCGCGCCUCCAACUCUCUGCUCGAGUCACACUGCGAGGCCUGCGCCGGGUCGUUAGCUCCCGUGGCGUCCAAGCUCAAGGUCCUUCUCAAGCGGCUUGCGGUCGCCAAGAAGAACGGAUUUGAGAUCGACACCGGUCUUGUCUGCGUCUGCUGUGAAACCCACCACAGUAUGACGGUCACGAUCUGCGACGAGUGCGACGAUGAACUUCCGGACGACCAAGAAAAGCUGCGUAUCCUACUGCUGCGCAUCGAGCAAGCGGCCAACGCGUAAGCCUCGCGAUGCAUUCUGUAUACCACGACCAAGUGACGUUUUGAACAUGUUUGCGUUUCGUGAGCAGCGCAAAGGUAGUGGACACUUGCUAGCACCAAGCUAUACGCCGAAGAAGAAAGCCGAGA